CAGCAUCAGGAGAGCAGAAAGCAGAGCAGCAGCAACUGAGCCGAGUCGUUACUGAAAAGUCGAACAUGAAGGCACGCAAACGGAGCACCUAGUUCGUGUCGAUGACAGUGGGGUUUUCUCUAUUUCCUUUCCACGUAAAUUCAUUGGGGUGUGGUGGUGCAGCGUCUUAAGACGGAAGUGACAGUUGAGUUGCUUCGCUCUAGAUAAUCUUGCGGUGCAUGAAGUCUGCGUACAAGAUUUAGAAGAUAACAUGGCGGUGAGACAGAGGCUCUUCAACUCAACAGCGCCUUUCACUGGACCACCAAAAGCUGACCUGAAGGGGACAUAUCCAUCAUGCUCCAAUGCAGAGCAGGAGACUGAGGAGGCACAAGAGGAGGGGAAGGAUGGCAAAAUGGGAUUUACGCAAAAGUGGUCUGCUGAUAAACUCACUAAACUCCUGACACAUGGAACUGCAGAACAAGUGGAAGAAAUGCAGUUCAAGACCUCAACCAUUGUUGCUCAGGCAGAAUGUGAAACCCAGGACUCCCAGGAGUUUAGCCCUUCCUGUUAUGAACGAUCCUUCCGUGCCUUCCCUAAAUGCUUGACCACCAGUCUUUCAUCUGACCAAAACAAUGUGGCGUGCCAAACAAUGGCCACCAUCCAGGAAGCAAGCACAUCAAUACUCUCCCCAAGAAAGAGUACCCAUAGGAGACAGAAACGUAAGGGGAAGAGGAAGAAGCAGCAGAAGAAGAAGGACAAGCAGCGACAGAGACGUCGAAUGCCUUCUGGAGUGCCUGAACAAGAAAGUGGAAGUUCUUUGAUCCCGAUCCUGGAGGACUCUUCUGUUGAAGAGAGAAGCGAUCUCAGUACCUCUUGCUGUAGCAGCUUUGAAAGCUCAGAGGAAGACGACCGAAGGGCUUCUUUUUACAGCCAACAAGUUUACAACAAAGGCUCAAGCUGUUCCCCUUUGAACUGGCCAGUUUUGGGUAACCUCUCCAGUGUUCGGUCAUAUGAGCACAACAGCAGCUCGGACUCUCUUAGCAGUGUGGGAGACUGCUCACUGGCCCUUGCUGGGCUCAGGGGCUGUGUCAGUCAGGGGGAUCCAUGCUAUGCAGGGCCAUUUUUCAAAGAAGUGGAGAGGGAGACUAGGGAAGACGAAGAUGAGUUCUCGGAAGCUGACUCUGUUAGCAAUGAGGGACUAAUUUUUUAUCAUGAAAAAAUUCAGCCUGUGGACUCAGAGUACAAAGAAGGGAGAGAGUAUGUCUUCCAGCACUUCAUCAAGGAAGGCUCCUAUGGUGAAGUACACAGUGCUGAAGAUGUGAACAGUGGGUUCAAAUUUGCUGCCAAAAAGAUCGCCCUGAAGAGGUUCAACAGUGAGGAGGUGGGUGCGUGGAGUGCCCUCAGAUCUCCUCGUGUGGUGAAGCUCUUUGGAGUGGUUAGAGAGGGGCCUAAUGUCGUCCUUCUGAUGGAACACAAAGCUGGCUCUUUGGGCCAGCUGAUAGUGGAACGUGGUCGACUGCCAGAGGAUUUAAGUCUCCACUACCACUCUCAAGUUUUAACAGCGUUGGAGUACUUAGUGAAGAAAAGGGUGGUGCAUCUCGAUAUUAAAGCCGACAACGUGUUGCUGUCGGAUGAUGGUAGAGACACCUUCCUAUGUGACUUUGGACAUGCCGAAAGGCUCGACAAUCAGGGUCAGAGCCUCAGUAGGUCCAAAGAUCUGAAGGGCACAGAGACUCACAUGGCCCCUGAAAUAGUAAAAGGAGAACCCCGCGGAGCUAAAGCAGAUGUGUGGAGCAGCUGCUGUAUGUUACUGCACAUGCUCAAUGGUUGUCAGCCUUGGACAAGAUACUAUAAUUGUCGCCUUUAUUUGAAGAUUGCUAACGAGCCCCCUCCUCUGAGAGAGAUCCCACCUGACUGUGGCUCUCUCACUGCUGAAGUUAUAAAAGCAGGACUCCAGAAGGAUCCACUGAAGAGAUCAUCAGCAUCUGACCUCAAAGAACAAACUGACAGAGCUCUGAGAGAAGUUGGAGGACUCACCAGCCCAGUGAAGGGUCCCUACUUAGAGCCCUUGCUUAACACCAACAAACCAGGUGACUCCAUGCAAUUCAUCACCAGCAGUGCUGACUUUGAGGAUGAAGAGAUGCACCAAGAGUCCGUGGAAAAGCUGAUCACAACAGGGAGGAGGACAAAGAAACUGACUGAUGAAGAAGAGGCAGACGCUGAGAAGUCGAAACGAGGCUCGCCUCAUGAACCACAAAUGCUGAUCUCUGAGCUGAGCCACAGGAGGGACAACAAAAUCACCACGGUACCUGAACUUGAGCUGCGGAAGCUGGUUGGAGAUUUCUAUCUGAGCAGCCUCUCCCAGCUUCAUUCUGCUGAGAUGCAGGAGCAGUUGUUGUCUUGCCUCAGCAGUGACCCUUACUCGAACUGGGAACCGUGGGACAAAAAGGACUCUGGCCGCUGGUCUCUGAGCCCAGGAGACGACCUCAGCUCCGGUGUCUUCUCCUACAAUAGUCAGCCUGAUGGGCAGGUGUUCAGCUUGGAUUUCCUGGGUCACACACAGCAGCCACCACCUUGCUGUUUUGAAGGGGUGGAUGUCUGCAUCAGAGACUUUAGUGAUAAGAAAAUCCGGAUCAGAGAGAUGCGUCGGGUGAAGGUUGGCCAUAUUGCCACUGGAAUCAGUGAUCAGAUCUCUGAGAGGGUUUUCACACUGAAAACUGAGCACGGCCAGCAGAUUGGUCACGAUGAGGAGGUGCAAGAGUCCGGCCUGGCGCUCCGCUGUUUUCCAGCUCCAGACUUCAGCACUUCCUGGAGAUGGAGAAUCAAAGAUGGCAUGCUGGAAACACGAUAGAGCCCUCAGCUACUUUAUUCCAGCUGCAAUUUCAUAUUAACCGCUCAUCAUUUCAUGUUGUGCUUCAAACACGUGUCUUCAGCUUUUGUUGAUGUGUGAGGGACCAUAAAAACAUUUGUGAACCUCCACUUUAACAAACUGCUUUUGUGCCUAAAAUAUCAUAAAUAAAAUUUAAAAAUAAAAAAUAAAAUUAAAUAUAAAAGAAGAUUGAUUUUUAGCUUUGUGUCUUGUAAUGUUGCAUGUGUCAGUGUUUACGAUGAGUCAAUAAACAUAAAACUGUGAAGUCUGUGAAAAA